CAUCAAGAGUUACAGUAUUGAAAUAUUUCGGCAAGCUUCCGCUCAUCUUAUAUCUAAUAAACCCAGGGAGGAGACAAUGGCGAUUUCAGGGAGAUUUUACAUCGAUGCAUUGGCCUUUAUGGUCAUAGUGAUCAUAGCUUAUAACGGUGUUGCUGGGCAAGCUAAAGAUGCUCAAUGUUUUUUAUCCAAAAGUUCCAAAUGCAGACCUGCGACUGGUGGCGGUGGCGACAAAGAAAAGAUGUGCAGUGGAUUAAAUAACUAUAUAAAUUGCAUUCAAAAUGUAAUGAAGGAAUGCAACGUGAGCACUGGGAAGGACAUGCUGGAUCAAGCCAAGAAACAACUCAAAGAUCAUGGCUGUUCCGGGGCUGGACUUCCCGUUGUCAGCGUCUUGUGUCUUCUUGUGGCUGCAGUCUUCCAUCUAAUGUAAAGAAGAAUUCAUUUAGUUUAGUAAAAUAACUUCAAUUUAUUUUAUUUGGCAUCAAGGGAUGAAUACUCUUAACUAAAUAAAACUUCCGAAGAAUCACAACUCUUUAUUAGUCUGUGGCUUGUAGAAAGUUUUCCAUUACUUUCGUAUUAUUGUACGAAGAAAACUGUCCUUGCCAUAUCACUUAUUAUAUACUACUAGUAAUGUAUUUGUAGGGAGAAAAAAUUGUGUAUACGUAUAAUGUUGUUUAUGUCAAAUAAAAUGGACGUUAAUCAGCGUUUAAAAUGCGACAGAUUGAUGUUUAAAAAACAAAAUAUUUGGUAUGAUAUAGCAUUAUACUUAUACUUGUCUUAUAAUACUAUGUAUGCAUUUUUGUAUUUUUGCCCGUUUUUAUACUUCUAGAUCUAAAAGAAAUAUUGUCAUGUUUUGAAAAUAUGUUUUAAUUUAAAAUAAACAAAUAAAGGGGUGAAAAUUGCUUUGUUUGUAAUAUA